AUUGGUAGAGUCAGUUGCUCUGGCGACAGGUGGUGGCGGGGGCGGCGAAGAUGGCGGAGGAGGCCGGGAGCGGCGGCGGCGGCUGGGAGGAGGCGGUGGAGCGGGGCCCGGGCGCGGCCUAUCACAUGUUUGUGCUGAUGGAGGACGUGCUGGAGAAGCUGAAGCUGCUCAGCUACGAGGAGGAGGCGCUGCGGCGCCACAACAUGCGGCCGCUCUCCAGGCACUACUUUGCACUGCCCACUAAUCCUGGUGAGCAAUUCUUUAUGUUUUGUACGCUUGCUGCUUGGCUGAUCACUAAAGCAGGACAUCCCUUCGAACAGCCACAGGAAUAUGAUGAUCCCAAUGCAAUAAUAUCAAAAAUACUCUCAGAACUACGAUCAUUUGGAAGGCCUGUGGAUUUUCCUCCUGCAAAAUUAAAGGCAGGUUAUGGAGAACAAGCAUGCUAUGUUCUUGACUGUUUAGCUGAAGAAGCCUUGAAAUACACUGGCUUUAGCUGGAAAAGGCCAGUGUAUCCAACAGAAGAGCUAGAAGAAAAAGAAAUAACAGAAGAUGAUGCAGAGCUAACACUUAAUAAACUGGAAGAGGAAGUUGUGGAAGAAGAGUCAGACAAUGAAGAAAAUUUCAUCGAUCUGAAUGUUCUAAAGGCACAGACUUACAAAUCAGACAUGAGCGAUUCUGCAAAGCAAGAAGAGAUUUUAGAGUCCACGACAGAUGCAGCAGAGUGGAAUUUGGAAGUAGAACGUGUACUUCCACAGCUGAAAGUUACGGUCAGGACUGACAAUAAGGAUUGGAGGAUCCAUGUAGAUCAAAUGCAUCAGCAUAAGGAUGGAAUUGAAUCUGCUUUGAAAGAAACUAGGGGUUACCUUGACAAACUUCAUAAUGAAAUCAGCAGAACGUUGGAAAAGAUCAACAGCAGGGAAAAGUACGUCAACAAUCAAUUGGAGCAUUUGGUUCAAGAAUACCGUUCAGCACAAGCCUUGUUGAGUGAGGCUAAAGAGAAGUACCAGGAGGGAAGUGGAGGAGUAACUGAAAGGAUUAAAGUGCUUUCAGAGAUUACAGAAAUAUUAGAGAGAGUAAAGCAGGAAAUGGAAGAGAAAGGAAGCAGCAUGACUGAUGGUGCUCCUCUAGUGAAGAUUAAACAGGCCUUAACAAAACUGAAGCAAGAAACUGUUCAGAUGGACAUACGAAUUGGUGUAAUGGAACACACCUUACUCCAGUCAAAGCUAAAAGAGAAAUCAAAUAUGACUAGAGAUAUGCAUGCAACUAUGAUUCCCGAAAGCACAGUAGAUGCCUAUUAAGAUUGUUUGGAACUGGCUUGGUUUGCCCAAAAUACAGUUUUCCAUAAUUUGCUUUUCUGUUAUUUUCAAUUUUUUCCUUUUGUUUUUCUAUUUUGUUUUUUUUUUGGGGGGGUGGUUUUUGUUUGUUUGUUUUUUAACAAGAUGCUUGUUGUGCACUUUGGACUCAACAUGGACCCAUGUUUAGUUUUUUGCUUUAAAGAUUUAUUGCAGAUCUCUUACUAAUAAAUUCUUACUAAUGAACAUGUCUACUCCAUUGUAGAAUGUUAAGUAGUGUGAAAGUGUGUAGAAUUUUACUGACACAGCCUAUAAUCUUUAAACCUGAUUAGAUAUUCUACAGUGCUGAAAGAAAAUUGCUUGCAGAUGACUUGAAAGGAAUUUAAAAUGUCUAUUAUUGCCAUUUACAUAUAUUUAAUAUAAAGUAUUUAAUUGCUGAUAUUGAAAUAAUACAGCAUCACCCUUUCUAAAAGGUGCAAAGCAGAAAUUAGACAAUAGUUGCGGGGGGGGAGAGGGACGAAGGCACACGACACAACAUGACACACUUCCACACUAUUGCUGGAACAAUCUUGGUGUGCUCCUAAGGCAGGUCAGAGCUGCAGCUGAGCCCUACACAACUUUGUCAAUUCACAAUCCCAUUCCUCACUAUUUUUUUUCUUUUCUGGAGUAGUCCUCUGACAGGGAUGUUUUUUGUAGUUAUUUUUUAUUUUUACAUUGCAUCUAACAGAAGCAAUAAAAAGGAAACUUAUACAAAGGCCAGAGAAUGUGAAAACUGGUAUUUGGAGAUCACUGCUGGCUUUCUGUUUUUCUUUUUGGUAUCAUCACUGUAUUUCAGAACCAUUUGUACUAGCAUUGAGUCAAAUGUUGCUUUCAUUUACAGCAUGAAGUAGAGCCCCAUUGACUUCAUUUGGAUUAUUCUCGAUUUCUGUCAUUGUGUCAGAACACCUAGUUUUGAUCUCUAUCAGGCAGAAAUGUUGCCGAAUCUAGAUGUGUAAUAUGGAAUGACAAUAAAAAUGUAGGGAGAAGGGGCUGGAAAUGUAAUGGCAACAGUGAGCUCUCUUUCUCUUGGUAAACAUGAGGUAGGAAGUGAUUCUAGAGGUUAAAAGCUAAUGAAGGAGUGUGGAGUGAAGAACAAGCCUUAUUAAUGUACCAGUACAUCCUUUGGAUUAUUACUGCUUGUAAGCUAUAGACAAAAUUGUUACAAUUCCAGUUGUAUCAAAUCCCUCCCCUAACUUCUGUAGGUAAUUCCAUUCAUCUUGCAACAGUUUGUCUCACUUAAAAGCAAAUUCAUCAGGUCAGCAGUAUUUUGUUGGAAGCAAUGGAUCUGUCCUGUGUAAAAGUCAAGACACUUGACCCACAGCCAGUCAGUACCAUGGGUGGCAAGUUUCUCAACUUUGUGCUUCAGUAUUUCAUUUGCAAAAAUAAAAAGCCCCCAAAACAAAACCAAAAAACAACCCCCAACCCAGAUUUUAAUAAGUGAAAAGCUGUAUGUAAAUGUGGAAUAUUAUAAUUUACCUGUGCAAGCAGCUGCCAAAAAUCUCUAUGAAUCACACUGGAAAUCAGUUUCCAACCUCUUUUGCUGCCUACCUAUAUCCUCCCACAUCCAGCUUAAAUUAGAAAAGUUAUUAUUCAUGUUUCCUUUGUAAGGUGGUGUUGCUACUGCAUAUUUACUUUAACAGUAGGUUUAUUUCAACUUAGGAUAAAGCAAUCCCUUCUCCAUUGCCUGCAAAGCACACAGAUACUUUUGGAUUGCAAAUGUUGUGCUGUAUAAAUACUGUUUAUGUAAAUUCUUUCCCCAAAAAACUCCUCCUUUGUGCUAAUACAACAAAUAAAAUUAAUAAAAACCUUCCCUUAUGUGAA